GAGCUCGUGUCGAUGUUGCAGCCAUCAUUUUCUUCAAAAUCAGUUGAAGCAAAACUGGGGUUCUACAAACCCUAAUCGAUUAACGAGGUUGGCGCUGUUUGAAUGCUUCCUGUUUUCACUUUCAGAUAAAACCCGAAGCACUUCUCAGAUAAAGUUGUGUAGAUUACAUUCCCAAAACACCGUAAAAUGGCUUCUGUAGUUCGGUCUCCAUCUACAAUGGCAUCAAUGGUUCUCCCGAAACUCCAAUCCACAAACCGCAGAAUUUGGAAACCCGCAAACUUCAGGAUCACCUUUCCUCAUUUAGCCACAAAACACCGCACCAUUUGCUGCACAAACGUGUCCCCAUGGGAGCCUCCACCCGUCACAUAUGCCCCCACAGAUGAUACCACGAAAUCCCAGUUUUUGAGUGGUUCCACCACCUUAUUUGAAACUCUUGACUCUGAUCAAACCAAAACUGCCGAAUCUCAAACGACAGAUACCAAAAGGGUUUCGAAGGUUGGGUACAUUAGAUGGCCAAUGUGGCUUGUGGGCCCAUCAGUUCUUCUAGCCACCGGAAUGGUCCCAACUCUUUGGUUACCGAUAUCUUCUAUCUUUCUAGGACCCAAUAUAGCGAGCCUUUUGUCAUUGACCGGGCUCGACUGCAUAUUCAAUCUGGGUGCAUCGCUGUUCCUUUUGAUGGCGGAUGCAUGCUCACGCCCAAACAUCGAGUCUCAGGAACCGUGCCAUAGUCAAGCCCCUUUCGGCUACAGAUUCUGGAACAUGGUUGCAACCAUAUCCGGCUUUAUGGUUCCUUUAGCCAUGAUGUUGGGUUCUGAAAAGGGUCUUUUUCAACCUCAACUCCCUCCCAUUUCGUUUGCGAUUCUUUUGGGCCCCUAUCUUUUGCUUCUUGCGGUACAGAUGCUGACCGAGAUGCUGACCUGGCACUGGGAGUCACCCGUGUGGCUAGUGACACCAGUCGUGUACGAAUCGUAUCGUGUGUUGCAGCUGAUGAGGGGUCUGAAGCUAGGCGCCGAGCUUGGUGCACCGGCUUGGACGGUUCAUACGAUUAGGGGGCUUGUGUGCUGGUGGGUGCUGGUUCUUGGGGUGCAGAUCAUGAGGGUGGCUUGGUACGCUGGUUUUACGGCUCACCUUCGUCAAAACGAGCCAUCGAAUUCGAACAUUGGUGAUGCCGCAACUUCUUCUGGAUGAUGCUGGGAUGUAUGAAUCAAUUUCAAGUUUAUAUCACCAUUUGGUAUUUGCGUAUAUAAUCCAACAAUAACCUAUAGAUUUAAAUCACUUUUAGCAACAACAUAUAACUUCUUGAAAUAAAAUGAAAGGAUAAUACAAAUUUGC